AGCACCGUUGAAAAGCUGUCGCGCUGAUUCACCGCGAGCCAUGAGCCAUGGAGGGCAACGUUGCAGACGUGCCAAACUCGCCGUGCCAGCGGCUCCUGUGCAUGGGCGCACCGCUGCUAGAGAUCCGCGCGGAGGUGCCGCAAUCCUUUCUCGAUGACUUCAAGCUUCGUGGCAAUGCGGUGGUGCAGGUGGAAGGCCCCAUGCAGACCAUGCUGCAAGACAUCAACCGAGUUUGCGCGGAGGCAGAGCGGGCGCCUGUCUACGCCGCAGCCGGGGAUGCCACCAGCACAGCGCUCGCUGUGCAGGCGCUCUUGCGGCAAGACCCUGGAUACUCGGCCGAGGCCAUCCGCCGGAGUUCACACGCUCUGGUGUCACUCCUUGGGGGCGUUGGCCGAGAUCAGCUUGGCUACAAGCUGCAGGACUACCUGAAAGAGGCCGGCGUGCAGCCUCUCUUCAGCGAGAUUGUGAGCGAGCAAACUGGCUGGACCGCCUUUCUAACACCACAUCGGGAACGGGACGCUGCGCACGAAAGGGUGUCCUUGGCCGCCCCCGGCGAGGACGAAAAGCGAAGGGGUGCUGAAGCUGGCGGUGGUGUACCGGGCGAUUCAGGCCGGCGCCGCCAACCAGUACAAGUUGGACCAUCUGCGCUUCAAAGUCUGGGAGCAGGUGGAAGCGGCGGGCGUGGUGUAUGCCGAGGCCACAUUCCUGACGGUCUCCUUUGAGAGUGUGAAGAUCUUGGCUGAGCACUGCGCCAAGAUGGGCAACACUUUUUGCCUGAACCUCUCGGCGCCCUAUGUCUGCCGCUACUUCGGGGAUCGGAUUCUGACCGUCAUCCCGUACACCGAUUUCGUCUUUGGCUCUGAAAGCGAAUACAUGGCCCUUGCCGAGCAGAAGCGUGGAGAAGGAAUCGGACAGGAUGUCGACUCAGUGGCCACCUGGCUCGCGAAGAUGCCGCGCUCAGAUGGGGACACGCAGAAGCGGCGCCACGUGGUGAUCACCUGCGGGGAUCAGCCCACCAUCUUGGCCAGUACUUGGCGCGGCUACGGCGUGAAGGUCCAGCGCUUUCCUGUGCCUCCGGUGCGCAGCCGAUCCUUUGCGCGGAAGGACGGCGCCGGCGAUGCCUUCCCAGGCGGCUUCCUCUACGGGCUCAUGCACAAGGCUGAUGUUGACAGCUGCGUGCAGCUGGCGCUCUACUGUGCCAGCGUGGCAGUGCAACGCACCGGUCCAGGCUUCUCCUUCAAGGACAAGCCCAGCCUCAAGUUGGCCUGAAGCCGCAGGGGCCAUUGGCGCCGGACGCUGGGCAUGGCCGAAAAGAAGCCGUGCCCAGCAAAAGUGCGAGAAGGGGAGCACCUAAAAUUGCAUUGCACUUAGAAAGUGGUGAGUAAGCCUGG